UAUUCUAUCUGAUAUCUUAAGAUUGACCCGAUCUUAGAUUAAUUUCUAUCUGUGGAUCGAUCUUUGAUCUUCGUCCCCAUAUCGAAACCUUUGAUCUCUAUCUUUAGUUACACCACGGAUAGCAGUUAAUCUACUCCCUCACAUACGUUCCAUUCCAUUCAUACUUACAAAAAGAGUAUUCGUUUAAUUUAAAAGCGUUAAGUGUUAUUAAAAACGUCUAUUAAAAUUUCAAAGGUACGAGUACAUUAAAAAAUAUAGAUAACAUAUUUAUUUUGAUAUAAAUACAUGUGAACGUCUGCAAAGAGAAAUAACAAAACAAAUUUUCUACGAAUUGAAACGUUAUUUUUAAAGGAACGAAACGCACUUCUGUAAUCUGUUGUCUGUCAAAUGUCAACCUCUUGUAAAUCACAAAUCACAAUUAUUCACAAGUUACAACCUUUGCAUUGCGAACUUUUGGUUUGAGUAUUCUCAGUAUUUUAAGUAGGUACUUAUUACUCGUUGUUAUUAAUUAUUACCUAGUUGUUAAACUACGGACAGAGGGACAUAUUGGGUGCUCUGUUUCUUCAUAAAGAAACACAAAUAGUUAUGGAUACUGAACAUAAUAAAGCCAAAGCACUUAGUAAGGAUGAAACAAAGGCGUUGCUUUCUUUGAUCGAAGGAAGUGCCAUAAUAACAAAUAAAGCGACUAACGCCACCAACAAUAAGUUGAAAAUGGAAGAAUGGGUUAGAAUAACGACAUCAUUCAACGCCAGUUUUGGGACUUGUCGCCGUACACCGCAACAACUCCGGUUAAAGUGGGAGAAUUUGAAAAAAAACUCACGCAAACGCAAUACUCAGAUACGGAUGAAUCGCAUCAAGACUGGAGGUGGAGCGCCACCUUAUAUACCACCAGAUGAAAUACUGGACAGAGUCGCCUCACUGUUAGGCAGUACAGUGGAUGGCUUUACAGUGGAGUUUGGUGGCGACUCAGAACAAGUGGUAGAUUAUGGUGAUGGUGACUGCAGUGAUGGUGCAAUUAUUAAUGAAGUGGAAAAAGAAUUACCACUAGACAAUGGUGAUGGGCAGGAGGUGCCAUUUCUAGUCGUUAACACUCCAGCAGCUGUUGGACCUGCAUUACCUAAGAGGCUUUUUUUGGGUACUCCCCGAGCCAGUGGUUCUAAGAAAAGGCCAAAACCUGAUGAGGGGCGCAUAAGGAGAAACCUCGCAAUAGCGGAGUAUUAUGAAAAAAAGAAAAUGGUUCUAGAUUGUACAUAUGAGAAAAUCAAAUUAGAAAAUGAAAAACUAAAAUUAGAAAUAAGCAAAUUAAAAGAAAAUAAGGAAUAAAAAAUAAAGUUUUUACUGAUUAUAAAGUUUUUA